AUGAACUAUGGCACUACGAUUCGUAAAUUAACUCAACCCCAUAUUUCCAUAAACAAUAUGUUUCCACCGAUCAAUGCUCAUCCGAGACCUCCAUCAGAAGAUUUACAUGGUGUUAGCAGCGGUGCGGUAGCAGACAUUCAUUCGACUUCAAAACAACCACAACAAAUUCGACGACCACAUUUAACAAUGGAUCAGCAGCGACGAAGUCCAUUGCGAAUUAUUUAUCGUUCAAGUGAUUAUUCUUGGAAUGAUCAUACAAAUAAUGCAAAUGUUUCUAAUCAAUUAUUACGUACUACUAGUCCAAUAAAAACAAAAUUAUCAACAUCAUCAGCUCGUCAAUUAGCUAAUGGAAUUUUACAUGAAACUACAAAUAAUUCAAAUAUACAUCCUAUAACAUCAUCAUCAUCACCAAUAGGUCAUCAACAAAAUUUAAAAGAUGAUGUAAAUAAUAGUGAUUUACAUUUAUCAUCAGCAACAAAAUCCCUUCGUACAACACGACUUCAACGUACAAAUAGCCAUUUAGAUAAACCUCCUGGAUUAAAUAAUUAUGGUUUACCAAUACGAAGUGAAAGUUAUCGUUCAUCUCGUCUUGAUUAUGGUAUACGUUCACGUCAUACAUCAUCAAAACAACGAACUUAUGUUAAUUCUAAAACAUCAUUUCAUGAUGCAAAUCCUGGUGAUAUGCAUUUAAAUGGUACACAACAAGAUGAAAAUACAUAUUAUCAUCAACAACAACAACAACAGAUGAAUAUAAUGAGUAGUACACAACGUUUAAAUGGUUCAACAUUUGAUGUAACUACUACUAAUCGUAAAUUACUUUCACCAAAUAAAUCUAAUACAUUUAAUUAUCCAAAUAAUAGUACAGCUCAUCAUAAUAAUUAUAAUUCAACACAAGAACUUCAUCGUAGUGAAACAAAUAUUGAUCGAAAUAAUUUAACACGAUUUGCUGCACGUGGUACAACAUCAAAAGAACAACUUAUAACAGCAACACAAAAAUAUCGACAAACAUCAAGUAUACCAACAGCAGGUAUAACACCAUCAAAUACAUCAACUAUUAUACAAUUAGGUGAAAGACAUCCAUCAGCUCAAUCAUAUAAAUCUCGUGAUCCAAAUAUAUCAUAUGCAUAUACAGAUGUUAAAAAAUAUAUUGAAGAAAAUGAUUUAAUGUCAUCAGAAAAAGAACAAAUUAUACGAAACUGGAUUAUUGAUGUUGAAAAAUAUCGACAUCAAUUACAAAAAAUCGAGUGA